AUGUGUCCAACCGUGACUCACAUAGCCUGCGUGCCCUCGCAUAUUGGUCCGACUUUCCGACAUUUAAAAACAAAUCGCGACCGUGCACCACGCCCCUAUGAACCCUUCGCCUCCCCCGCCCUGUUCAUGGCCGACGUUAACCUGGUGGAAGUGACCAGCCGCAAUGAGGAGUUCUUGCGCGUAGCGUCGCUCAGCAUCGCUCUUUACGACUACCUUCAGACUCUGCCGGCUGAGUGGCGGUUCUACCGCGCGCAGAAGUCGAUCCUUCGGCCCAGCUUAGCAUGCUGCUGCUUCGUCGCGAUCCGCUAUGUCAGCAUCGCGGUGCUCGUCGUCAGCAAUUACGGCUUCUUCGCUAACAACUUCACGCAAGAGUCUUGCCGACGCUAUUAUCUCCUUGCCCCAAUCUUUAAAGUCCUCCAAACAAUCAUAUCGCAAGCUAUCCUAGCAAUAAGAGCAUUCAAUCUCUCAAGACGUAAUAAAUAUGUAGGUUAUGGCUUCGGGGCACUCUUUGCAGUGUGCGUAGUGAUGGAAUGCUUCUCCAACACAUUCCACCGUAAACCAUGGGUCGAUGCCAGUCGUCGCAACUGCAGCGCGACAUCCGCAACGCACGGUAUUUCGGCAUGGGUUUUUAACCUGUUCAGCAUGACGUUCGACUUCGUGACGUUGACGAUCUCGUCGAUCUACUUGUGGCGAUAUCGGACGCCGUCUUUGUCCGGAAGUAUGUCCCACCUGGUCAAGAUGAUGCUCUACGACGGCCUAUUGUACUUCGUACUACUAACCGCCAUCAACCUGGUCAACCUCAUCCUCUACAAGUCGGUAAACUCGGGAUUGCAGGUUAGCGCCUAUGUAUCGCUUUACUAUGCCAUGACGUGGAUCAUGAGCCAGCGUAUCAUACUCCGCUUGCGCAAAGCCUCCGACGAGUCGGGCCUCACAGAAAGCAUCGUCUUCACUCGCAAGCUCACCACCGUCGCCGCCAUCAGCCACGCCUUCCGCUCCCAGUUCGAGAGCCAGCGGAAGCACAUCGACGACGAGUUCGCCGUGGUGGACGAGGACGGCCGGGUGCCGCCGCACGAUCGGAGCGAGGAGUUCGAUCCGGAGAAGGAGGCGGCGGAUUUGGACGUGCACGUCCGCGUGGAGAGGAACGUGACGGUCGAGCGCAGUCGGAGCGCGUACGAACGCGAGUCGUAUCGAAGGCCGAGGGUGCAGUGGGACCAUACGUGGAGCAGAUCCUCAUAA